AUGGUUACAACUUAUUUCGUAUGGACAGACCCGAUGAGCGAAGAGGAGGUGGAACCGGAAGGUAAUUUAAUGAAUACUAUUAACUUAGUAGAAGAUAUUUUGUCCCGAGCAAUACCAGAGUACGAUAUAGUUGCAAUCGUAGGUGAUUUUAACAUUGACCUAUUAAAUAUUACUAAUGUGCUAACUGACUCUAUGUCUAAUUUUGACAUGUUUCAAAUUAUCGAUGAAGCUACUAGAGUCACUGCUACAUCAGCGACUUUGGUUGACCAUAUUUUUUUGAACAAACCGGAUUUAGUCUUGAACAAAGGUACGAAAAAUACAGACGCCAUAUCAGACCACAGACUGUUAGACUUGUCAAGUAUACCUUGGGAUAAUGUCUUCUACUUUCCUACUAUAGAUGAAAAGUUGGAAUUUUUGACAACAAACAUUUUACUAUUAUUUGACAUCCAUGCUCCUUUGCGUACCAUAAGAAUCACCAAACCUAAAACUCCAUGGUUGACUGAUGUGUUAGAGCUAAUUUUACGUGAAAGAGACCUAGCUUAUAGUAACUAUAAAAAACAUAAAACCCCUGGGAAUUGGAACAAAUAUAAAAAUUUAAGAAACUUUGCGCUCGCAUCUCUCAGAAGAGAGAAAAAGGCUUACUUGGUUAACAUGUGUGGCCAAAACAACAGUCGACAAUUUUGGAAAUCUUUAAAUGCCUUACACAUUACUAGGACCAAGUGUCUUGAAAUUCCAUCUCACUUAAAUAAUCCUGAUACAAUUAACAAUUUUUUUGCAUCUGUUUUUCAGAAUGUGUCUCCUAAUCCUAACAUGACUGAUUUUUAUUCUUCUCAAAAAUUCAAAGACAAUUUAGUUUUCAUUUUCCAGUUAUCAACAAUUGAAGAAGUUGCUUUAAUUAUUCGUUCUCUAAAAUCUAAUGCCUUAGGGUUGGAACAAAUUUCGUUAGAAAUGAUACAGUUGUGCAGCUCUGUGAUACUUCCUCGCAUUACUCAUUUAAUUAAUUGCUGCAUCGAAGCUGAUUACUUUCCUACUGCUUGGAAAACGGCUUUAAUUAGACCCCUGCCAAAAGUAUCAUCACCUGAAUCUCUCAGCGACUUACGUCCAAUUAGUUUGUUGCCUACUCUUUCUAAGAUUUUCGAACGCGUUCUUAUGCAACAGUUACGCAAAUAUAGUGAAGAAAAUGAAAUUAUACCAAAUCAUCAGUUCGACCAGAAGUUGUCGUCAAUUCUUGUGACACUGGACUACUCCAAAGCUUUCGAUAAAAUAACUCACGAACUACUACUUGCGAAGCUUUCAUAUUAUGGUUUGUGUAAUUCGUCUGUAAGUUUAAUUAAGUCAUAUCUAUGUGAUCGUGGACAAAAAGUGGUGAUAGGUAGUAAGUUUUCGGACGUUGUGGCAAUAAGCUCAGGUGUGCCUCAAGAAAGUGUCCUGGGGCCGCUUCUGUUCACUAUCUUUAUUGCGGAUAUAGCCAAUGUUAUCAGGAAUUGUGGUAUUUUUUCUUAUGCUGAUGACAUCUCUUUAGUUUUUAAAUUUAAAUCGGAGGAAACCAAUACGAUUGCAUUGUUAAUUUCAGAUUUAGUAGCUAUCACUUUCAAGCUACUAUUGUGUGAUACAUAUGUGGAGGUCGAAGAGGGCUAUCGGCCAGUAUUCCGAUUUGUCGCGAAAGGUUCCAUCGCACUGUCGAAGUUCGGCGAUCGCGUCUUUGGAUUAACCAUGCAAAAUUCAAAUGUCAAAGACAAAUUAAACGAAAUAAAUGCACAAAUUGAUCCAUUCAUUCGUCAUAGUGCGCGACCCCCUCAAACGAGCCAUUUCGAACUACACUCAGGCCGUAUCCAAAAAGACCGAGAUGAAGACUUCGAGCAGCUGGUCUUCCUCAAAACCGCAUCGGAGCAUUGUGACAUGUCCUGGGAGCCCGUCAAACUCGCGCUGCCUCACUCACGCGUCUCUGUUUGUAUAGCUGGUAUUUUUCGAAUACAGAUGGUCGUGAAGAAAUCUCCAAAGAAAAAAUUCCCAGAGGUUUAG